UCGCCGCGUUAACAGCCCGCUAGCCGUCUUCCUCGCACACUAAUGCUGUCGCGUACUCGCACCCACACUCGCUAGGCCGCCCGACACAACGUCACAUCGUUUGCCUCCAUUAUUCGCGCCACAAUACGUUGACACUUCUACGGAGUGGCUUUAAUUGACUCGAUUGUUCUAAAUUCAAAUUUUCAAAUCCGACUUCGAUAUUCAAACUGUGUUUUUUUUUCGGUUGAGUGGUUCAGUGAUGUUUAUGGAAUCUGACCAACGGAUAUUGGACUAGUUUUGGAAACGGCGACAUCAAAGGCUUCAAACGACCAAUCCCCGGCCGCCACUAAACUGUAAUCCAAUCAUAAAAACAAACAUGUCACACUAUUUCCGGAAGAUCCAAUGGUAAUACACAUGAGCUCGCCACAAGAAAACAACACAGACAUGCAAACGGUUCUAUCCAGUUUUGUAGCGCCGAAUUUGAUAGAACAAGCUGACAGCAGACUCGAUAAUGGCUUCCAGAAUAAUUAUUUAGACUGUCAGUAUACAGAUGUGGAUAAAAGUCCAGAAGAAAGAAUUAAUGUGGACGAAGAGGAUAGGGAAGAGGAAUUGGUUAUAACGGAUGAUGUUGAUGAAACGAAGUUAGAAGAAUCUCAAGAGGUAGCUACAAAAGAUGAGCGUAACGACAAAAAAGAAGAAGCGAAAAGUGAUAGUGAGUCAAAAACACAGCAGGAUAUUUUUGAGCCGUCAUGGCACCCUCACGUAUACGGAAAACCACCUAAAAAGCCUACUCCUCAUACUAUAGAACAUAUCUUAGGCUUAACGAAGCCUGAUGCCAAAAAGAGUGUAAGUCAGUUAAUAAACGUGAAGAGAAAUUUCGAUGGGAAGAAGCCGUUUUGCUUCGAAAAGAGUAUCCAGGUUCAGACUGAUGAUAGGAAGUUAAGUUUGAGUGUGCAUAAGAACAAAUUGCAGGAACAGUUGUUACAACGGAGUGUGAGGACCAGUGAGAGUGAAGUGGAUAAAGUGUACUCGUUCAGGGAUGACCAGCCCUUGAACCUUUCGGUGCCCAAGUCUAAGGACUCGGGAUGGAGCUCCACUGAUGAGGAGAAGCUUUGUAAAGAUCCCUCAAAACUAAUAAAGAGAAAGAAAUCCACUGAAGAUGUCCGCUCUCCUUUGGGAGGAGAGGGCUCUCUCACCAGUGAAGAAGGAGAGGAUCCAGGUGUCGGCAGACGGAAGAAAGCCAGGACUACCUUCACCGGGAGACAGAUCUUCGAGCUGGAGAAGCUGUUUGAAGUGAAGAAGUACCUCUCGUCAGGAGAGAGAGCUGAUAUGGCGAAGCUGCUGAAUGUUACUGAAACUCAGGUAAAAAUAUGGUUCCAGAACAGAAGGACGAAAUGGAAGAAGAAAGACAACAUAUCCAACGCAGAAGUGGCAGAAUUCAAGCAGCAGAAGCCGACAGAAGAGAAGAAGCCAGAAGAAACGACGAAAGAAGACCCGUUAGCUUUAGACAUGUCGAAGAAGAACUGCAAUAAGAUUCUAAGUGAAAAAUUAAGAAGUACAAAAGUAGUCACUCAAAGUUUGUCUCCUAAACCUAGAAAGGUAGAGAAAGGGGUGGUUUUAGAAGGGAUAUGCGACUCGAACGAUAUCGAAAGUAGGAUUUCUAUAACGAAAAUUACUAAUAAAUUGUCCAGUACGGAUUUAUCCGGUGAAUCUGGGAAGGUUUCAGUCAAAAGUUUCAGUCCCGAAGAAGUCAAGGAUUUGAAAUUCGACACUUUGAGUAGAGAUGUUGAAAUGUAGUUGUAAUAAGGUGGGCACUGAGUUUUAUUGGUUGAACACUAGGAGAUGACUAACUUAUUUUAGGAUCCACAUCAUGGUUUAAAUAGUUUCAUCUACGAAGACGCGCCUCUCCAAUUUUUAAAAAGGGAAGCGCGGGGUGCUGCGAGUUUAGCCUAGGCGCAGACCACCGAUUUUUUAUCGGCCGAUUGUUUAGUCGGGCAGUUAAUCAGUAUGGGCAUGUAUGGAAGUGCGUACAUUAGACCGAUUGAUUCUUUAUUACAAAUUAGAAUCGGGCCCAACUAUCGGCCGACUAAAAAUCGGUGGUCUGCGCUUAAGCUUAAUCCUCCGAGCAAUCCGAUCGUCAUUAUUGUAGUGUGCGUGUGCACUCAUGGAUAAUUUAGCGUGUAGCGGAAGAAUGGUGGGGCGCGUCUUCGUAGAUCAAAAGAUCUAUAAUGAUGUUUAGUCAUAAAUGAUCGUAGGUAGGCUUGUAGAUAACUUAAGGAAUGAUGAGUGCCCUGACUUAAUAGAAAACGCCAAAUUAAAGUGGAAAUUGUAAACUGUAGGUUAAGUAUAAAGAUCUAACAGAAGUAUAUUUUAAUAAAUCGGAUAUCAGACUCAAUUUGUAUCAAUUACAGCUCCUGACAUUUAGCUGGAAGAGUCUAAGUCUUGAGCUGGACCACACGCCAUUGCCUGCGUAGAUAUCCUAAAGGCUGUCAAUUUCUAUGAUUAUUACUCCAGUUGUACAUACGAGAGUCUUAAAACUGUCUAGAGAAACUAAUUCGUGGUCGAAUCAUAUCGAUUUGUGUUCAGUAAAGCUCAGUGUAGUAAGAACUAUUCUGUGUUCUUAACAAAUGUUUUAUUUAUUUAAGCCUGUGUGUACUCACUAUUAUUUUUUAUUUUUGUCUAGACUGCAUUUCACUGUUGCAAUAAUAGGUUUUAUUUUUAGAUUGAGCUUUUGCCGAGUAUUAUUAUGAGUAGGUUCGUAUUUAUACCAUUGUUAGCUUUUUUUAAGCUUUGCGCGUUCAAUAGUAACUGUUAAUACUUGUGGAAACUGACUUAAAAGUUUACACCAAAACUAAUUUAUUAGCCUAGGCGCAGACCACCGAUAUUUAGUUGGCCGAUAGUUGGGUCGGGCUGUUGAUCAGUAUGGAGAUGUAUGAAAGUGCGCACAUUAGGUACACCGAUUUGGUAUCGGCCGAUUCUUCAUACAAAUUAAAAUCGUGCCCAACUAUCUGCCAACUAAAAGUCGGUGGUCUGCGCCUAUGCUUAGGAGCCGAUCUUUGAGUCGUUUGAUGCCUUUAUUCAUUAUUUUAACUGUUAAUAAUACUGUCAAAUUAUACUUACAGCUUAAUAGUUACAUUUGGAGAUUGGGAUAUUGGCCCAUUUUCUACUUAUUUGAGAUUCGCUUAGAACAUUUUUAUGCGUUUAGUAAAUUUUGAGUUUCUCUUUUAAAGUGUAAAGUGAUUUAUUUUGUAAAUAGUAGUGUAGAGUUUUGAUUUCGUGUGAGAAUAAGAAUUUUGUAUGUUUUUAAGCUCAUUGGUGUUAUGAAGAGUCACAGUUGAUUAACGUUGAGAAUGAAAACAAUACAUAAUAUUUGCUUAUUAGCUCAAUAAUGCUGCAAGCCAUAAUGUGCCCUAUGGUCUACUAAAACUGUAUUGCAAUAUUUGCAAUCCUACUUUGCAAUAUUUAUUUGCUGGUUAUUGUUAUUUAUUAGCAAGCAAAUAAAAAAAAUAUUUUAGUUUGAAAAUUGUUGAAACUUUUUGUGUUUAUGUAAUCUGACUAAUAUUUAUUUUCGUAGCUCCAUUUCGAAACUUCAUUAAAAUUUUAAUAGUUAUUUUUUAAAUAUGUUACACAGAAUGCACUUUAGGUGAUGUUACAAUGCAAAAUUCGUCCCAAUUUUCUGGGGAAUAAGAUAAACAACAAAGUCGAAAUGUUACGUUUGAAGAACUGUUGUAUUGACUUCAAUGCAAUACUGAAGAGUAGAAAAACUAAGUACAAAUAUUCUCAAAGUACCUACGUAGGUACUAAUUAGAUAGUGUAGGUAAAUUUUCUAUGUAUGCUACUAGACAAGCUUAAUUUACAAUCGGUUUGAAUUAUCUUUUUAUUGAAAUUGUUAUACGAGCCUUAGUUUGUUGAUUACAUCUGGCUAAAUGAGAAAUAGAGAACCUUUUACGGAUUCAUUUAAAACAACAAUAUUAGAUAGAGUACAAAGGUGAGCUUAAGUUCGCUUAAGACAUUAAUAUCUUAAGGUUUUCUUUUUCAGUCAACUUUGAGACCAUAAUAAUAUAAUAUCUUAAUGAUAAACGUUAACUAAACGUGUCUAGUAGUUACACAUAAUUUUUCAGUAGGUAGGUAUAAGGAUGGAGGAAAAAUAAAAUUUGGACUUUACAAAGGCUGGAUGUAUCAUAAUAAUUUGACGACAAAAUUGUUAAAAUAAAAGUAUUUUUGAUUGAAUUAGGUCAUCUUUUAUACCCCUAGUUACUGUAGUUAAACCAAAACUAAUGCCCGUAUUCACAAACGAUACUUGCUUUAUGUGAAGCAGCAAAUCGAACGCACAGCGUUGUCUGUGAUUGAUUCGUGUGUCAUCCUGUACGUCCACGCGCACUGUGAGACCUCAUAAGUAAUGUUUGUGAUUACGGGCGUAAGAUUGUUUUUGCUUUUUAACUUUUUAAUAAAAUAAACGAAUUUAGAUGGCAUUUUCACUGACAAUUUGUGCUUGUAUACGAGUAAUAUUAGUACUAAUGUAAAUGUGUACAUAGAUUAGUAAGUAGAUUUCUUUAGAAUAAUGUGCAAAAAAUGAUUCUGGUUUGAUAUGAAUUCAAUAAAUGUAAAAAAUUUAA